AUGCAUAGAGCACCAAUUUCCAUCAUCAUGUAAACACAUAAUAUAAUACCAUACUAUACUUCUUAAGCUGGAUAAGCUGAUUAAUAAGAACUAAGUUAAGAAGACAAAAAAAAGAAUAAAAAGACAACUAUCUAUCUUCAUUUAAGAACCAGUGAAACCAAUUGA